AUGGCCGAGUCUUCUCGCCCAGGUGAGGGUCGUGGUCAUGUUCGCUGGGGGCGCAUAGAAGAGCAUUACCUGGAUCCUCCGCGGUCUCGCAGGCGAGAGAUCAGAUAUCCCAUUGGGCGAAGUACAUUCGAGAGAGCCGAUGUUCCUGCGGACUGGGCUCGUGUUACUAAUGAUGCUCAAUGGGUAGCCAGGACGUCUUCUCGGUGGUCUACAGAUGACGUUCCGGUACAGACCUACACUGAGUGGGAAACCUUUGCUGAGCUCCCGAUCCAGGGUUCAGCUUUACCUGAUGGAGACCAUACUGAGUCUCCACCCCCAAUUGAAACUUAUGGCGAGGAUGAAGAAGAAAGCCCGAGACAGAGGCAAUUCUCUUAUGACAGAGGCAACUAUGGCCGUCGCUACAAAAGCCGGUCAAGAUCACCCAUUCACCCACGCUACAAGAUCCCGGGACGUGAGGGAUAUCUGUCUCGUGAUGCUCUCUCGCGCACUGCAGGAUAUAAUGGUGACUGGUAUUCUAGAACAAGGGGCGGGAGCCUUUCAAGCAACGAAUAUGAUCCUUACGAUAAGUUUGCUUUCUCAUCGCGGGCCCAGUCGAUCACAGAUUCCUCGAAGGCAGACGAUUCUGAUGCCGAAUCUCCUGAGUCUGAAGAGACAAACAUUGUUAUGGGGCCUUCCAGCCUCAGAAGGACGAGUCAGCAUCUAAUUCACGCUCUCAGAUGA